AUGUUUCUCGAAAUUUUGGUGCCGGUUUCUACGGAAAGUUUUCAAUCAAGUUUCAUAGUUUUUGUGGCGGAUAGUUUGAUCUACAAAUAUCGAGAUCUCACACAAAAAUUACUUGCUGUGCGAUGUUCCAUGAUUGCGUUCACCCUUGGACUUAUUUCAAUUCAUUUUAUCUAUCGAUAUUUUGCGAUUUGUCGAAUUCAUUUAGCAGAUUCAUUUUUCAAUCCAAAAUAUGUUGUUCUAAUGAUUCUUCUUGUUUUUCUCUAUGGUUCAACUUGGUUGCUCAUAAUUUCAAAAUGGUUGUGGCCAGAUGAAGAAAUGAGGCGAAAAUUCGACUCAGAUUUCAUGAAAAAAUACAAUGAGAGCACGAAAAAUAUACCAUUCUUUGCUGCUAAUUAUGAGGUGAACCAUAGAACAAUAUUGAAGUAAAAACUUCCAGCAUCCGGAUAUUGAUAAAAAUGGAAUUUUUGCAAUGGGCCUGGCGACUAUUAUUACCAUGUCUUCUUUGGUUUUAGACGCAUUUUUGGCCACAAAAAUUCAUCUUGCUUUGAAAACUCUGAACUUGAGUGAAAAUGUGAAGAAAAUGCAUCGAAAUUUGUUGCUAACAUUGAUCGCCCAGACAAUAAUUCCAUCAAUUCUCACUUUUCUCCCAUGUAUUAUAAUUUGGUUUGUCCCGUUUCUCGAUAGUUUGAAUGACUAUGAUCCAAGUUAUUAUAUCAAUUUAAUAUGUGUUCCAAUGCUUUGCGGUUAUCCAAUUGUAGAUCCACUUGUUAUAACUUUCGCAUUGGUUGAUUAUCGAAAAGCUGUUUUUCAGAAAAUUAGGAAGAUUCAAUCAAAUUCCUCAACUCAUCCUUUAACUUUUAUGGAAACAACACUCGUUUGA